AUGCCAGGCCCAGUUGUCAUACAUGGACCACUAACACCGGGCCCAGUUCCCAUACAUGGACCACUAACAACAGGCCCAGUUGUCAUCCAUGGACCACUAACACCAGGCCUAUCUGUCAUCCACGGACCACUAACACCAGGCCCAGGUGUCAUCCACGGACCAUUAAUACAAGGCCCAACUGUCAUCAAUGGAACAUUAACACCAGGCCCAGCUGUCAUCAAUGGAACACUAACACCAGGCUCAGCUGUCAUCCAUGGACCACUAGCACCAUGUCCAGUUGUCAUCCAUGGACCACUAACACUAGGCCCAGCUGUCAUCCAUGGACCACUAACACUAGGCCCAGCUGUCAUCCACAGACCAUUAAUACCAGGCCCAGCUGUCAUCCAUGGACCACUAACACCAGGCCCAGCUGUCAUCCAUGGACCACUAACACCAGGCCCAGCUGUCAUCCAUGGACUGCUAAUGCCAGGUCCAGCUGUCAUCCAUGGACCAUUAAUACAAGGCCCAGGAGUCAUCCAUGGACCACUAAAACCAAGCCCAGCUGUCAUCCAUGGACAACUACCACCAGGCCCAGCUGUCAUCCAUGGACCAUUAAUAACAGGCCCAGCUAUCAUCCAUGGACCAUUAACACCAGGCCCAGCUGUCAUCCAUGGACCACUAACACCAGGCCCAGCUGUCAUCCAGGGACCACUAAUACCAGGUCCAGCUGUCAUCCAUGAACCACGAUCAUUAGGCCCAGCUGUCAUCCAUGGACCACUAACACCAGGCCCAGCUGUCAUCCAUGGACCACUAACACCAGGCCCAGCUGUCAUCCAUGGAUCACUAACAUCUAGUUAA